UGAAAAUAACACAAGAACAAGCACUAUGCAUGUUAUAUUGCGAAGUAUACAACGACACAAACGUUGAAAAAUUGAACAACAGAUUGAAGGAAAUGGGAGACGUGGUGAUUUGCUAUGUAGACGAUAAUCCCAUGGAACCAUUUAUAUUACCAAUUCAAAAACAAAGCUCCAACCCAUUCAGGUACCAUUUAUAUUCCCUUGGCAACGAUAACGACAUGACGGAUAAAUUGAAAGGACAAGAAGAUCGUACUGUAGAGUCUCCACUGGUCUCGGAUACCAUGAUCAAGACUUUUCUUGACGAAGUCUUUCUACCUCACGAACCAUUCAAUGACAAUUAUCAAAAAAAACUUAUGACAAUGCAUGGCAUAAUGGAAAUAUUGUCGAGGUACACGACGAAAUUUGACGAAAAAAGCAAUAUCGCCUUUGCCAGAUGGUGUACACAAGCGAAGGUCUCACUCCUGAACGCGGAAGUAACAAGAAAAACUGGAAAGGGUAGUUUUGGCUCCAAGAUCCGGUACCGAACAGUCUUCGUCCUGAAAGACGAAUUGAUUGAUGAUGUGGUCAAAGCUAUCAAGGAUUAUAUACCUAACUAUCAAGCUCAUAUAAAAAAUUUGAAGGAAGAUGGAUUCCAAAUAAUUGGAUACUGUAGAAAAUCAAGAACAAAUGAGGACGAUGAUACCAGAUUAAGACUGCUGCAGGACAUGAUCAAUCGACUUAAACAAAGAUCAUUGGUAGACAAGGUAUUCGUGUCGCCUUAUUCAUCAGCUGGUGAAAAUCUCAAUGCUAGGGACGCCCAAACUAAAUUUGACAUUCACCAACUUAAGAACGCUUCCGGCACUACACAAGAUUUGAUUUCCUACCUGGCUGCAACAAAAAAAGUUUGCAUGGUUGUGCUUGAUUUUGCUGGCUUAACCACCAAUGUCAAAGAUUUGAAACAAUGGUUAUGUGAUAACCCAAACCUGGAAAAUAUAAUUAUCGAUCAACUACCCAUUCAACAUAAAAUCAAAAUUUUCAAUCGUGCCCAACUGCUCAAUGAUGUCAAAACUCUUGAAUUGUUCAAUUGCCGUACGGGAUGUGUACAAAGAGCCAAAAAAUGUUGAUUAAUACAUAAAAAAAAAUAUGGAAGUUACAUUAGCCACCCAAUAAAAAAUCUGCCUUUUUACUCUUUCUGAAAAAAAAAUCUUUAGUCUACAUCUUCAUGUCAAAUCUAUUGUCCAC